UUCCGUUUCAUUUGUCUCAUUUCGUUUUUCAGUUCAUCGAGUGGAAAUAAUCCAAAAUGGCAGCCGGCGUACAGAGAGUUCUCGCAAAAUGUCAAAAAUGUAUAGACUCCGGCAACUUUUACGAAGCUCACCAGAUGUAUCGCACGUUGUACUUUAGGUACAGUGGAGCAAAGAAGUAUGCUGAAGCAAUAGAUCUACUAUAUAAUGGAUCACAAACAUUACUACAUCAUAAACAGUAUAGCAGUGGAACUGAUUUAGCCUUACUACUUAUAGAUGUGUUAAACACAGCCAAGACCCCGGUAUCUGAAGAUAAUACAGAUAAAGUUGUAGAUUUACUUCGUAUAAUGGACAAUAAUGAAUGUCCUGACAGAUUGAAUUAUCUAAAUGCUGCAUUACGCUGGACAAUCAGUGUAGCACCUGAAUGUCGAGCAGGGCAUCCAGAUCUUCAUAAAAAAUGUGGCAUGUUGUUCUGGCAGGAGAAAAAUUAUGUUCAAGCAAGAUAUCAUUAUCUACAUUCCUCUGAUGGUAAAAACCUUGCAACUAUGUUAAUAGAAUACCAAACCUCUCAGGGAUAUCCUUCAGAAGUGGAUCUAUUUAUAGCACAAACUGUACUCCAGUUUUUAUGCCUUCAAAACAAGGAUACAGCUCAUGUAGUUUUCGUAACAUAUACAAAAGGUCAUCCUGACGUGAAAGGAGGGCCACCAUAUAUACAACCUUUAUUAAACUUUAUAUGGUUUCUAUUAUUAGCAUUAGAAGGUGGAAAAUUGGCUGUGUUUGCAGUGCUGUGUGAAAAGUAUCAAACUGCUAUUAGCAGAGACCCUACGUAUAAAGAGUACCUUGAUAAGAUAGGGCAGCUAUUUUUUGGAGUUCCUGCACCCAAAUCACAGUCUCAAGGUGGAUUUUUUGGUAAUUUGAUACAAAGUUUACUUGGGAACGAGGACGGAGAGGAAAAUAGCCCUAUGACCCCUGCUAUGACCCCUGCAAUGACCCCCGUGACACCCAGUACAGAACAGAGGAAUCUGUCACAAGUUGAUCUUGAUUAAAACUUUUAACAUUCAUAAAAAUCAUAAUUGUUUGUUUUCAAAUAAUCUCGCAACUUUUCGCACACAUUUUACAUGAAGUAUGAUUCAUUUCAUUAAAAGAAAAUUAUAUCCCUCAAAAUACCAGAAAGAGGACCUUGUCAUAUUUUUGUCUCUUUUUUUCUUUUCAAAUGUUCCAAUCUAUUUUAACAUUGUUAAUGCUAGCUUGUGAUCUAAAUUUAAUUUACAGAAACCUUAAAUACAUUUGUCUCAUUAGAUUGUAAUACAUUGUUUUAAAAGAUUUUUUUAUUUAUUGUAAAUUUUAUUUUGCACUAGAAUGAAAUUGUUAUUUUAAUAAUAUGGUAAAUUAAAAGUUUAUGUACAAAUAUCACACCAUAGCCUGUUCGUUUUUGUUGGGAUUAUUUAAUGCUAAUGUAAUUCAUUUUGCAUGACAUGUUCAAUCAUUAUGUCUUUGAUAAAAAGUUGUGUUGUUCAAUAAACUAUAAAGGGUAUAAAGCUA